AUGUGAUGCCUUUACAGAACUGUACAAAUUCAAAGAAGGUUUUAGUGGGUCCAUAUGGUGAGACAUACCCACCAAGUCAUGAUGUAAACCAGGCCGUAAAUAUAAAAGCUGAGGAAGUCUCAGACUCACAAGAGGAAGUGGAUCCUUUGAUAAUAACAGUUCAAGAGAUAAAGGCUGAACCUGAGAACUGUACAAAUUCAAAGAAGGUUUUAGUGGGUCCAUAUGGUGGGACAUACCCACCAAGUCAUGAUGUAAACCAGGCCGUAAAUAUAAAAGCUGAGGAAGUCUCAGACUCACAAGAGGAAGUGGAUCCUUUGAUAAUAACAGUUCAAGAGAUAAAGGCUGAACCUGAGGUGAGCUGUAUGUUUCUAUAUGUCCACUGUAAGGCAGAUAUCACAGAUAGGCAGGAAUUCCAGUUGUCUUUCUCAUCUCCCUCUGCCUGUAUGUGCACAUGGAACAACACCACUGUGCUGCUGACUCACCUUUGAAGUCCUUUUUCUGAAGUGUCUCUAGACAGUUAUAGUUUGUUGAAUUCAUUCAUUCAUAUAUUCUCCUUCCAUGAAUCCUGUCUAGAAUACAUUCUCGUGCGGAUGUGGAGAUCAUCCUAGUUACAGUCACAACUAUGAAUUACAGUUGUCAUCCAAUAUCAUACACAUUUGUAAUAAAAU